AUGAGGAACAUGCUGACUGUAAAACGGCCUUCGCCAACCACGGUGCUAUACAAAGUAUCAACUCGCUCAGCAAACAACACAGUCCCAGCACGAGUCCGCCGCACCCUGAUCGGACUAGUCAGGAUACUAAUAGGCCUGACUCUUCUCUGCAUCCUCAUCGCGAAAGCACAUGAAUUUGCGACUCCACGUUGGAAGGUCCAUACAGACUAUGCUUCUACUUUUCUACCUCCAGCGCUGACGGAAUUGGCUACAACUUCUGCAUCUCGUAUCCCCUGGCUCUACUUGGCUCCCAUCAGUUUGGCAAUUUUUUCUGUCAUCUUUCGCAAAGGCUAUACUACAGAGUCUCUUCUUGUGAUUCGUGGUAUGGGCGUGCAGACAACGACGAGCAGCCCGACAUAUCUUAGUACUGCAACUACGAGGUUCAUUCCCACCAACAUGAUUCAGGAUAUCUUUGUCUACGAAGCUUUCAAAGGAUUUGAGGUUAGAUUCUAUCUGGCUAUUGUGGUUGAAGGUGAACAUGAUGUUGUUGUGGUCUUUCCGAGUAUACUCCCGCGCAGACGAGUUCUGGAAGAGGUUUGGAGAGGUGCAAAGUCAUGUUUGUAUGAGCCAAAGUCGUAG